AUGCCGUUCAUUACAUUAAAAGGUGCCGAUACUGAGGAUAUAGAUGGACAGAUUCUAGACUUCCACAUCGAAAACAAGGCCUCAAAAUGGAAACUAAAAGCUCGUGUGUUAGAGAAGAAAGCGUCCACUUACUGCCGGCAACGGUCAGAGACUGGAGCUCCUGUGGUAGGGAGAAUCAACCUACCUCUCUCCCAGAGAGAGGCUGGGAGCUCAAACACCAAUGGAGACAAUAGUGACUUCCCACUCCCUUCUACAGAGGAAGAAAUCGAGGCUUUUGACGAAGAAUUCUUUGAGAAAUACACUAAGACUGUUGAGGUAGAACUCCGGGGAAAAAGUCGAUCAAGAUCCAUACCAGAUCUGUCCAAUCUGAAAUCAAAAUUCUCCAGAUUUACAUCACCAAGCAAGCCCAAGUUCUUGGACAGAUUGUUCAGCAAUGUCAGUUUCUCUCGGAAAUCUGGACGGAAAACAAAAAAUGGAUUAGUGAUUCAUACUCGAACAUCACUCGAAAAAGGUGAUGAUGAUGAAGAUGAUGAAAAUGAAGAUGAUUGUUUAAUAGGAAGACUUCAUAAAAAAUCUGACGACCCUGGAGGUCAAAGAGCAGUAGCGCCAUCAACCAGCAAUUCAAGUGAUUCUGGAAAGGGAUCUAUUUUAGAAUCUACAUCAGAUUUUUCGCCAACUGGAUGUGCUAACGGUUCUAGACCUGGCUCUCCGAAUAUAAGUGGUAUAGUACAAAAGCGAUUACGUGAUUUUCAAAUUUUAAAUAGUGCAAAAGAAACGUAUUCUGCACCGCCGUCUCCUGGAAUAUAUAGGAGUCGGACUGUUGUCCGGAGUGGUGGGAAAAUUCUUCUGUUUCCUAGCUACACAGAUAAAGCUAGGAAGCAUUGUUGUGCAUUUUCGCGCGACGAGAAAUUUAGUAAUCUAGUUAUGAAAAAAGGCUUUGUAAAAGCAGUUGUUGAACAAAUUAAUCAUAAUGAGCCUAACGGGGAAAAAACUUCCAAUCUGGACAAAGAUGGUACAAAAAGUGUGCGCGAGUUGAAACAGAAGUUUGAAAGAUCUAAUAGUAGUGAUGACUCCAACAAAUUUUUGAAAAACAAACAUAAACCACGAACACCGCAGGGGUCACCACGACUCCGACGGGAUAGGAAUGCCAUUUCCGUGGAUACCUCCGACAACAGUGCCAGGAAUAGUUUGCGAUCUUCAGAGUUUGGUGGAACGUCACAGUCAGACAGUUUCUCUAAUGGGCACGAUCGGACGGAGGCCGAGUCCGGUAUUGCCUCGGAUUGUAGCACUGUUGGAUUUUCAACAGUUAAUGUAGUGGAGUUGUUUGACUCGAGUUGGUCAGACUCCGACAUGAGUUUCGAUGAGUAUAGUGAUUGGGACAGUGAUGUCGACAAUCAUGAGGAUGAACAAGAUUUAGACAAAACUUGUGAUAACAAUGUCACGCCUGAAUGUAAACUACACAGGAUCGCAGAGGAGCUCUUCAAGACAGAAAAGGCCUAUGUGUCACGGCUUUAUCUUCUUGAUCAGAUUUUUCAGGCUCGGGUUCGUGAGGAGAACAAGACACAUAAUUUCCUAUCUCAAGACGUGAUGAACCAAAUAUUCUCAAACGUCACGAGUAUUUACCAAUUCCAUAACAACUUCCUGUUACCACAGUUAGAGAACAGAAUGAAAAACUGGGAAUCUGAUCCAAAGAUUGGAGACCUGAUGCGGAGCAAUGCUCCAUUUUUGAAGCUUUAUACAGAGUAUGUUAAAAAUUUUGACCAUGCCAUGAACCUGAUAAAUCUUUGGUCAGAAAAGUCUUCCAGAUUUGCUGCCAUCAUGCAAGAAAUACAGAAAUCUCCUGAAUGUGGUAGUCUGGCCCUGCAACAUCACAUGUUAGAACCAGUCCAGAGGGUUCCUCGUUAUAAGCUCCUCCUACAAGAUUACCUCAAACACUUACCUGAGGACUCCCCGGACAAAGACAAUGCUGAAGUGGCCCUAGAACUUGUUACUAAGGCAGCUAGUCAUUCCAAUGAAGCCAUGAAGAAAAUUGAGAAGUUCCAAAAGUUGCUGGAAAUAAAUGAAAAGUUUGGUGCUGCAAUUGACUUGAUAAGUCCCACACGAGAGCUUGUAAGGGAGGGACGUAUCACCAAGAUUUCUGCGAGAGGUGGGGAGAGGCUAGACCGUUAUGUAUUCUUGUUCAACGACCUCAUGUUGAUUUGCUGUGAGCAAAUACUUGGAAGUUUUCGCAUCAAAGCCCAGUUGGACAUGGAAGGAUUAGAGAUAAUGGAUCGGACUGACAAGUGUGUACGCUGGAUACUGGAGGGAGAAAACAUUGACAUUCCAAAUACAUUUUAUGUAAAAAGUCGACAGAAGAUUAUCCAAUUCCUUGACGAGAAUCCUGCUGGCGAACUGAUGGGCUGGUGCGAGUCAAUGAAAGAGACGCUAAAGGAUUACCGCCACAGGAGACAGUCUCUGAGGGGCCAUGAGGACCACUUAAGGGACAGUGGGCUUAAUUGUAGAAUGUCCGUUCAGAGUGAGUUAAAGAAAGUGCCGAAGCUUCCAGAAAUGGAGAUUGGAAAGUUAGCACCAAAGUGGAUUAAAGACGACGAAGUUACUAUGUGUAUGCAGUGCACAAACUCCUUCACAGCAUUCCGACGGCGACAUCAUUGCCGUGCAUGUGGCAUCGUGGUGUGUAGUAAAUGUUCUGGUAAGAAGGUGCCGCUGGCCUAUGACAACUUCAGGUAUAACCGUGUCUGUGACAAGUGCUAUACAGUACUGAAGAAUGGAGUGGAUGAGGAGGAAGUGCCAGAAAAACAAACAACAGGUUCAACACGUCGACGGGUGUUACAGAAGAAAGCCAGUGAUCCUUCGGUACUUUCCAGUUAUCUUCAGGUCAGCACUGACCGCGGCAAGAGUUGGACUAAGCGUUGGGUUGUCGUCCAGUCUGACUAUGUUCUCUACUGCUUCAAGGCACACCAGGAUGUGUGUGCACUUUUCUCAAUCCCACUGCCUGGUUAUACUGUGGAGGUGAAUGACACAGACUCUGCUGACAAAGAGAAGGGAUUUAAACUAUACCACAAAAACCAGCAGGGACAGAUCCAUCAUUUCUUGGCAGGGGAGCAGAGCCAUCGAGACAAAUGGAUGGAUGUAUUAGAACGAGUAGCAAGACUAGAACUACCAGAAUCAGAGGAAAAUAAAAGAGCUUCAACCCAGUCCUCUAGCAGCAGUAGUGGGACUGCAGAAAUUCAACAAUUAUAGCAGUAGUCUCCCCUUACAUGGGGAAAUCACCACAGACCUUGUAACAGAACAGUAAAUUAUUAUCUAAUAUCUCCCAUGUAUUUGUAUGCCUGGGAUUCGUUUCAAAACCAUUAAGAAUAUGUUUUCUAUUAUUUUUUUACUCUAAAUCAAACACAUAGGUAAUGUACUUAAUAUUCAGCCGAAGAUCACAUUUUAAAUAACAAUACAUUGAUCAAUGUGUUAUGUUCUUAUGUGUCGCCAUUAAUGGCCUUCUAUUCAAAAUAGAUUCUUAAGUAGCUGACUAUUCCAUUUACUGAUCAACAUUUGGAUGUCCCUGUAAACUAUAACUGACAGUAAUUGACAUCUAAUGGGACAUGUAAACAUGGUACUUAAACUUCUUAUAGUAAUUAUUUAGAAUAUCUGGAGACUAUACAUAUGAUUAGUUAGAACAGGAAAGUUUAUAGGAUUCUGGUCAAAUGACUCCUCCUACUUCUUGUCUUGUCAGGGAAUCAAACCCAGGUUGGCCUGCUGAAAGGCUAAUGUGUUUCCUAGUAUGCCACCUCUGUAUUAGCCGUGUUACCAAACUGUUACAGAAUAGUGGAAAGCCAUCAACCACAAAACAAAGUUGGUUACUGUUUAAAUCUAUAUAAGUUUCAGUGGAAAUGCCAACAGCUGACUCUGAGUCAGAAUUUACUCAUUGGCCCCCUGAGCUUUUUGGAGGAUAAAUAGUAUAAGGAAGAAGUUCCAUUCUUUAUGGUUAACGCCUUUUAAGUGGAUUGUUUGAUAAACAUUUUGUCAGAAGGUGAACCUAUUUUACAUCUUGGUCAUACCUUUUUACUAUUUCCAGAUAUUUCGAUUCAAACAAAGAGGUUUAAGUAACAUACGACUUUGAUAGAUCAUCCCUUUUAUUUCGUAAUGAUGAUUUGGUGCUACAACAUUCACAAUUCCAUCAGGCUGACAAAGGCUUUUUUUAUUUUACUUAAUCAGUCAGAUUAGCUGAUGUCAUCAGUUCCUUAUGUCAAAUAAGUGGAUCAUGAGUUAUGAGCCUUAUGAAAGAGGUGACGUGCAUCAGCAUAGAGAAUCAUUCCUUUUUCUACUUAUUUUGAAUCUGACAUGUGUUUGCCAGAGUUAAGUUCAUUUGUCACCUCAUUGAUGAAUUAUGUGGUUGCGACUGUAUAGCAAGGUCAUUUGCAAGGUCAAGAUUAUUUCAAAUUAUUCAGAUGUUCUGUUGAUUUUUAUG